GAGGCGCGAGGCUCAGGGGCGCUGGAUUUGGCUGUGGAAAUGUCUGGGAUAGAAGCGCCAUCCGCGUGACCGGGACACGCUGCGCGGCCGUGUCUCCGCCAGGGCUUGGGGGCUCGUGGCCGUGACGCUGUGAUGUGCAUAGCGGGACUGAUAGAAGACCUGGCCUGGAUCACAAAUCAUUUGAGACAAUAUGGCAGACCCCAUCCGAUGGGCCCGAUAUCGCUGGCAGCGUCUGGUAUCUGCAGAAGGCAGAGAUGGAAGCAGCAACAGCUCCUCAUGUGACAAGUGUUAUCAAUCAUCCAAAGUGCCUAGCAGACAUAGGAUAGUUAUACCAUGUCUGGGACACUUUAAAGAAGAGUAUGAAAAGGUAUCAAAAUUAUAUAUGAACAACAGAAUACGGACUACUAAAUACACUUUAUUCAACUUUAUACCACGGAAUUUAUUUGAACAGUUUCACAGAGCUGCCAAUUUAUAUUUCCUAUUUUUAGUUGUCCUGAACUGGGUUCCACUGGUGGAAGCCUUCCAGAAAGAAAUUACCAUGUUACCUCUAGUAGUAGUUCUCACAAUUAUUGCAGUUAAAGACGGCCUUGAGGAUUACUCAAAAUACAAACUAGAUAAGCAGAUAAACAACUUAUUAACUAAAGUAUAUAGCAGGAAAGAGAAGAAAUACAUAGAUCAGUGCUGGAAAGAUGUUAAUGUUGGGGACUUCAUUCGACUUUCAUGUAAUGAAAUAAUUCCUGCUGAUAUGGUGUUGUUAUACUCUACUGAUCCAGAUGGGAUCUGUCACAUUGAAACAGCCAGCCUUGAUGGAGAGACCAAUCUGAAGCAGAGGCAGGUGGUGAGAGGAUAUGCAGAGCAGGUUUCUGAAAUUGAUCCAGAGAAGUUUUCAAGUAGAAUAGAAUGUGAAAGUCCUAACAAUGACCUCAGUCGAUUCCGUGGCUUUGUUGAACAUUCAAACAAGGAGCGAGUGGGCCUGAGUAGAGAGAACUUGCUGUUACGAGGAUGCACAAUCAGAAACACAGAAGCCGUUGUGGGCAUUGUGGUGUAUGCAGGUCAUGAAACCAAAGCAAUGCUGAAUAACAGCGGCCCUCGUUACAAACGCAGUAAAUUGGAAAGGAGAGUGAACACUGAUGUCCUUUGGUGUGUUCUGCUUCUGAUUUUAAUGUGUUUAAUUGGUGCUUUGGGUCAUGGAAUUUGGUUAAGUAGCUAUUCGGAGAUGCCUCUUUUUAAUGUCCCUGAGCCCGAUGGAAAAUCCACUCCACCAGCAUUAGCAGGGUUUUAUAUGUUUUGGACAAUGAUCAUUUUAUUACAGGUCUUGAUCCCGAUUUCUCUCUAUGUUUCAAUCGAAGUUGUCAAAUUGGGACAAAUCUAUUUAAUUCAGAAUGAUAUUGACUUGUACCAUGAGAAAAGUGAUUCCACUAUUCAGUGUCGAGCACUGAAUAUCGCUGAAGACUUAGGUCAAAUCCAGUAUAUCUUCUCAGACAAGACCGGAACCCUCACUGAGAACAAAAUGGUUUUCCGGAGAUGCAGCAUUGCAGGACAGGAAUAUUGCCAUGAGGAGAAUGCCAAGAGGCUGGAAUCCUAUCAAGAGACUGAUUCAGACGAUGAAGAUUUAACAGAUGCUCUGUGUGGCUCGUUGAGCCGCGUGCCAAAGCAGAAGGUGCACAGCUGCAGGACAGUGAGUCGGCCUUUGAACUCCAAGUCUUUGAAUCAGCUGGCUGGUAGCUGUUCUGCCUUAGGAGGGAAAGAUGGAGUCAGUAACAUUCCACACUCAAGACAUGUAGCUUUCAGCAGCCCCAUUGAAACUGAUGUUGUUCCAGAUGCAAAGCUCAUGGAGAAAUUUAAUCAAAUUACCUGUCAUUCAUAUGCACAAUCAGAAGAAACUGACAGACAGCCAUCCUUGGAGACAGUAUAUAUCACUGACUUCUUUCUAGCUCUGGCAAUCUGUAAUACUGUGAUAGUUUCAGCUCCUAACCAACCACGUCAAAAGAUGAGACUAUCUUCACUAGGUAGAAUGCCUAUUAAAUCCCUUGAGGAAAUCAAACAGAUGUUCCAGAGGUUGUCAGUCCGAAGGCUGAGUUCAUCACCAGUUCCAAGUGCAAAAGAGUCAUCAUCUGAGAGCCCUAGUACUUUUGUGAGCAAACUAUCUAUUUUCAGAGUGAAGCUGGCUUCACCUGCUAUGGAAGGGGUGGCCCAAGCAGUUAAUGAACCUCAGGCUACUGAUAGCCCACAAUGCGCCAAAGUACCUCCACUUGGACCACUAGAUAGAGUGGACGUAGCUGCAGGCAGUGAGCACUGUGAUGCUGGAUCAUCUCUUGAACAAUCUAUAACUAAGCUGUGUUAUGAGGCUGAGAGCCCUGAUGAAGCUGCACUAGUUCAUGCUGCCAAGGCUUACAAAUGCACUUUACAGUCUAGGACUCCUGAUCAAGUUACUGUGGACCUGGGUGCUUUGGGAUCUUUGACAUUUCAGCUUUUGCACAUUUUGCCUUUUGACUCAGUACGAAAAAGAAUGUCAGUAGUAGUUAGACAUCCGCUCUCCAACAAAGUGGUGGUGUACACGAAAGGUGCAGACUCGGUCAUUAUGGAUUUGUUGUGGACUGGACCUGCCGAUGAUAAAUCAGAAAUGGACCAAAAGAAAAUUAAGGAGAGAACUCAGAAACACUUGGAUGAUUAUGCCAGAAGAGGACUGCGCACAUUGUGUAUAGCUAAAAAGGUGUUGAAUGAUGCAGAAUAUGCCGAGUGGUUAAAUAGUCAUUUUUUAGCAGAAACCAGUAUUGACAAUAAGGAAGAGCUGCUGCUUGAAUCUACCAUGAAGCUUGAGACCAAGUUAACACUCCUUGGUGCCACUGGGAUUGAGGAUCGCCUGCAGGAGGGUGUUUCAGACACUAUAGAGGCACUGCGAAAAGCUGGAAUCAAAAUUUGGAUGCUGACAGGAGAUAAACAAGAGACCGCUGUCAAUAUCGCGUAUGCUUGCAGGUUAUUGGAACCAGAUGACAAAAUCUUCACCCUCAAAUCGCUAAGUAAAGACGCCUGUGCGUUGUUGAUGAACGCUAUUUUGGAAGACAUCCAAAAAAGUAUGUAUGCCAAAAAAAAUCACAACUCCAAACUUGCGAGCGUCUUUCCAGCUCCCUCCACCCAAGCUCCAGAGUUCAGUGCCAGCCUGGUUAUUGAUGGAAAGACUUUAGAAUAUGCCCUGCACGAGAGCCUGCAAAGUAUCUUCCUGGCACUCACGGAGAGGUGCCGGGCUGUGGUCUGCUGCAGAGCAACGCCCCUGCAGAAAAGUGAAGUGGUCAAACUGGUGCGAAACAGGUUGAAAGUGAUGACACUAGCCGUAGGUGAUGGUGCCAAUGAUGUCAGUAUGAUCCAAGUGGCUGAUACUGGAGUGGGACUCUCAGGCCAAGAAGGCAUGCAGGCUGUGAUGGCGAGUGACUUUGCAAUUUCGCAGUUCAAACACCUCAGCAAGCUGCUGCUUGUCCAUGGUCACUGGUGUUACACCAGGCUGGCCAACAUGAUCCUUUAUUUUUUCUACAAGAAUGUGGCCUAUGUAAACCUCCUGUUCUGGUACCAGUUCUUUUGUGGGUUUUCGGGAACAUCCAUGACCGACUAUUGGGUUUUGAUUUUCUUCAACCUCCUCUUCACUUCGGUGCCACCCAUCAUUUAUGGCAUUCUUGACAAAGAUAUCUCUGCAGAGAUCCUCAUGCAGCUGCCUGAGCUUUAUGUGACUGGUCAGAAGUCUCAGGCAUAUUCACCUCCAACUUUCUGGAUCACCUUGCUGGACGCUUUUUACCAAAGCCUGGUUUGCUUUUUUGUGCCUUACUUUACUUAUCGUGGUUCUGACAUCGACAUCUUUUCUUUUGGAAACCCGUUAAACACAGCAGCACUCUUCAUAAUAUUACUGCACCUCCUGAUUGAGAGUAAAACUUUGACUUGGAUACACAUGGCUGUUAUGAUAGGUAGCAUCUUAUUUUACUUUGUCUUCGUACUGACUUUUGGAGCAACCUGCAAAACCUGUAAUCCACCAUCAAAUCCCUAUUGGAUCAUGGAAAAGCACAUGACAGACCCAGUGUUUUAUCUGGUUUGCAUCAUUACUACUUGUGUUGCUCUUCUACCGAGAUACUUGUUCAGAGUUCUUCAAGGGGCAUUGUUUCCAUCUCCAGUGUUGAGAGCCAAGCACCUUGACAGACUGAACCCUGAGGAGCAGAAGGAAGCAAUUAAAAAGUGGAAGGAUGAUCUUGUUGGGAAGUGUAGAAUGGGUUUCCAGGGAACUCGUGCGUGUUCCAGGUCUGCUGAAGAUGCUGCAUCAGUAAGAGAAAGCACGGACCUCUCUUCAUGCAUCCCAGUGUCUAAGACACCUUUUCAUACCUGUCCAGCAGACAGGUCAGUGCAGAAGGCUUCUUUCAUAUCAGACAUACAGGAUGAAUUCAGGGAUGUGAACAGCCUGACUUGUGAGAGAGCUGCAUUUUUGAACUCCUCGAAGGAAACCUAUUCAGAAACAUAUGGCACUAAUAAUUCUUGUGCCGGCGUCCCGGAGUUUACUUUUGCAAAGGGCAGCAAUGAAAUUUCUCUAAUAAAUAAGGCCAGUUUGAAUUGUUCUUUGACUGAACAGGAUGUUUUAACAUACCCUGCAAAGCUGGAAUGUUAA